AUGCACAUGAAGGUCCUGAAGCAGGAAAAAACUCAUUUAAAAACUGAGAAGAGGGCCGAGGCCUGUAGCCUGCACGUCAGCUCAGCGCCCAACGCGCUCUGGGGUCUGAGGGCGGGUGCUGACCAGACGCUGCGCACUGGCCCCAAUCUGCUCUCGGUAUGUAAAUUCACAGAGAAACAUAAAUGGAUAACAACAGAAAAUGGUAUUGGAACAGUGAGAAUCAGCAAUUUUGCACAGGAAGCUUUGGGAGAUGUUGUUUACUACAGUUUGCCUGAAGUUGGGACAAAAUUGAACAAUUUCGAAAAUGUGAAAGCUGCUGGUGAACUCUAUGCUCCUCUAUCAGGAGAAGAAACUGAAAUUAAUGAAAUCCUUGUAGAAAACCCAGCUGUCAAUGAAGCUUGUUAUGAAGAUGGUUGGCUGAUCAAGAUGACACUGAGUAACCCUUCAGAACUAGAUGAACUGAUGCGUGAAGAAGCAUAUGAGAAAUACAUAAAAUCUAUUGAAGAAUGA